AUGCCGACAACGUUCAAGCGCCCGGCGCAACGCGUCAUCUAUCGCGCGCGCAGUCGCGACGACUCGCGGGAACCUUUAACAACAACUGAGGGAGAAGACGAAGAAGAUUUCCCCAAAAGUGCAACGAAACAACAGAAAGUAAACGACGACGACGCGAUGAAACCACCAUCGAGAACACUGGUCGAUGUGCAGCCAAAACUCGUCGAAGAUGAUGAGAUGAAAAUGAUACCGAAGGCGCACGUGAUUAAAGAGUCUCCGGUGAACAAUCGAGAGGUUAUUCGAGACGUUUUGCAAAGAGGCAAAUUGCCUCUAGUUUUAGAUUUGGACUCCACCCUCUUGCACUCGGUCGAGAAGACGAAGUUUCUCUUUCCAAACCCGGGCGAGAGCAAUACGAGCGAGGAAGAGAUGAAGAUUAUAAAACAGGCGCAGAAGAAAAUUGAAUCUCGUUUAGAAUCGAGCCCGGAUAAGUUCUUUUACGUCAACGACCAAUACUUUACGAAAAUCCGCCCGCAAGCGAGGCGGUUUUUGAGCGAACUUUCGGAGAUGUACGAGCUGUACAUCGUGACGGCGGGGAGUCAGGCGUACGCGGAGGCGAUCGCGAACCAAGUUUUAGAUCCGCUCGGGAAGUAUUUUAAUCGAGACGUGAAUAGAAUCAAAGGGAUGAAGCAAUGGAACAGCGAGGUGAACCAAUGGGUGGACGUUCGAACAAAAAUCGUAAACGACGCUUUGGAAGGCGCGGAAUCGGUGACGAUCGUAGUAGAAGAUAAACCGGAGAUGUGGGACGGUGAGUGCGCGGUGAUGCAAGUGAAACCGUAUUAUUACUUUCCAGAGUCGUUGGAAGAAUUGAAACUGUCGCAUUUCUAUAACAUGACGGACGAAUCCGAGAAGAACGAUUCCUAUUUGGUCGAUAACAUUUUACCUCGAUUGAGAAAUGUUCAUCGAAUGAUGUUUCGAGAAGCGGUGCCACAUUUUUUACAAAACGGAGGCAGCGCGGACGGACAGUAUUGGCCGUGCGUGUCUGAAUUGUUAUCGCUCGAGCGCAAAAGUAUCUUGCGAAACUGCUUCAUCUGCUUUACGAACGUGUUCAAAAUCCACGAAGUCCCGAAAGAUUCCCAGAUUUGGAAAGAGGCGAAAAAUUUAGGCGCCACGGUCCAAGAAACCUUCAUCGAUAACGCAGAUAUCGCCAAAAGAACCGAAUCUAUAGUCAAAGACGACCGCACGACGCACGUCAUCGUCGGCGAGCACGGUAAAAGAAACAAGGCAACCGGUUUAGUCCUCCCGACGUCGAAAAUAAACCAAGCGAGACGGAACAAUCGACCUUUGGUCGAUUGUUCCUUCAUCGCCGAAAGCGCGUAUUUAUGGAAACCGGCGGAUGAGAAAGCGCACGAAGUCACCAACGUGGAGACGCAAACGGUAAAAGUCAAAGAAGGAAAAUCAUCUGCGAAAACCUCGGUGGUAAAGAAGAGCCGAUGA